AUGUCGCGUAGCUUCCUGGUGGACUCCCUGAUCGGCAACAAUUCGCCGCCCGCGUACCCGUUGCCCUACUACGGGAACCAAUUACCCAGUUACAUGUUCAACUUCUUCAACCUGGGAUUGGGCUACCAACCGAUCAGGCCUGUCCCCAGGCCACCCACCAUGCCCGUACCGGUUCCCAUCAGUCCUCCGGCCUUCGGAGCCUUGCCUGCUCCUGGACAGAGCCCACCGUCGCCUUUGAACACCUCCGCCAGUAGACUAUCAGACGUUUCUGCGCCGAGCGAGUCGCCGUCGCGCAACAGCACCCCGACGCCACCACCGAAGUCCCCGAACUCCACCAACAGCAGCUCGAAGAGGAUUAGAACAGCGUUCACGAGCACCCAGCUGCUGGAGCUGGAGCGAGAGUUCUCGUCGAACAUGUACCUGUCGCGGCUGAGGCGGAUCGAGAUCGCGACGAACUUGAGACUGUCCGAGAAGCAAGUGAAAAUUUGGUUCCAGAAUCGCCGGGUGAAAUAUAAGAAGGAGGAUCUGCCCGCGGGGCAGAAUCAGAAGUGUUGCUGUCUGAGAACGUGCGGCAAGAAGAAGGAGGGCUGCGACGACGAGUCGUCCAGAAAAUGCGACCGAGAGGAGGACGCUGGAAAGUCGUUGAAGAACGAGAAGGUCGAAGCACUCGAGAAGCCCGUCGAUGCGAUCGGCCACGAGGAAUCCUCGGAUCCGCCGGUGGAUCGUUUCGAGCAAUCGAUCGCGUAUCAGUCGGACAGCCCGCAGUUCCGCUGGGACGCCGAGGAGAAAUUAAAUCGUCCCGGUUACAAGAGGGAUGCGCACAAUUUGUCCAGGGUCUCGAAAAGGUCCAGCGGGGACGCUCGAGACCCGACGGACGACAAAAGGAGACGAAUCGAUGGGACGUACGUUUAUCGGAACGCGAUUCAGAAUGGCGUCGUCAGUCCUGUGUUUAGGAACGUGGAGUGCACCAAGCACACCGUCGAAAGAAUCGUUAAUUCGUAG